AUGGUCCAGCCUACGGCACGUCCGCCUCGACGACUGAGCCCGGCCGAGGCCGCCCAGAUCCCCUCGACCUCGCUCCCCAUCGGCGCCCAGAUCUCGCAUCUCAUCCACGACUUCACCGACCUCUCGCUCGACCUGUUCACCAUCCUGUCGUCGCCGUCAACAUCGAGUGCGGGCACGAGGCCGACCGCGCCCAUCUACGACCAGCUCGCCGCCGUCGACGACAAGCUCGCGCGCCUCCUCGUCCUGUACGACGCGCACCAGGCGCACCAGCAGCGCGUCGACGCCCUCGUCGCCCAGCUCGGCACCCUCGACGCCGCGUGGCACGCGUCGGCGUCGACCCUGCGCGAGUGCACCCAGUCGCUCGCGCCCGUCGUCGAGUCGGGCGCGCUCGACCGCGCCGCCAUCCUCGCCGCGUCGCGCGCCGGCCCGGCCCUGUCGCCCUCGUCGCUCCUCCAGUACGCGCGCCUCCUCGCGCCCUUCACGUCGGCCCCGCCAAGCUCGCUGUACCCGCCCGAGGACAAGCUCGACCUGCGCGGCGUCGGCGCGACCGACCCGACGGGCAGGUCCCUCCCGCCGGGCGCCAUCCCGCCGUUCCCGACCGACGCCGUCAUGCGUCGCGGCAGGCUUCAGUUCGGGCGCGAGGGCCUCUUGCACGGGCUCGGCGAGACGAACGAGGUGGGAGCUCGACGAGAAGGUGCCGAAGGAGGUGCAGCAGAGCAGGCGAGCCGGCCCGACGCGGCGGCGCGGCUCGAGCAGGAGGCAAAGGCGCACGAGGCGACGAGGGCAGGAGCCGCGCCGUUCGAGGGCGGCGCAGCUGGGGCGGCGGGCGAUACGGACGACGACGAGUUCGACUUUGACCUCGACUUGAACCCGGACUUGUAA